AUGGACCCUCAUUUCAACCCGGUCCUGCACAACGCAAAACUUCACUCUACCUUCGCAUCCACAACCACCACAACAACGUUACCAGAACCCCCAAACUACGCACCCCCGGCAUACGACAUGGUGGUCGACCCCGCCGCUGCCAUCCCAAAUAUGCGAAACGCCUACGACCCAUCCGAAGACGAUAAGGACGAUGCCGAGGAAAUCCCCGAAGUCACCAUCAACUCUACCACGCAAAUACGAGGAUCCGGCAACAUCAUCUCGGUACCUCCCAUGGACGCACCGCGCAUCGCAGGCCUUCUGCACACAAUGAUGUACGGUCCACCAGGGCAACCAUCAGCAAGUCCCGGUCUUGCCAGAGCGCAUAUGCCUCGUCUGCACAUUACUGUGAAUUGCGGCGCGACCAUCUUCGGGGAUAGGAACGUCGUGGGUCCCGCGUUGGGCGACGUGGCGCGCCAGAUGCAGAUUGCGAGACAGCAGUUGGCGGCGUCGCAGUCGCAGCAGGCGAGGGGGAUGGGUGCGUCGCAGUGUCAUCAGCCGGUGCAGGCGGUGCCGCAGCCGGUGCAAAUACCUACACCGAUUAGGAGUCGCAGUGGGAGUGAGAGUCACAGCGAGAGCCAGAGCGAGAGUGGGAGGAGUGAGGGGAGUGUGGCGGGUGUGAAGAGGAAGGUGGAUGACGACGAAGAGGAA